AUGGGUAUGGCUAUUAACAACCUACCUCAGAUUCGCGAAGAAUGCGAAGUAUUUCACAUGUCGGACAAGCAGAUCAGGGAGAUAAUGAGCAGACUCCACAACGACCUGAUCAAAGGUCUCGGAAAAGACACUCAUGCAAACUCAAUCGUCAAAUGCUGGAUCACAUACAUUCAAGACUUACCUAAUGGAAAAGAACGUGGCAAAUUUUUGGCGUUAGAUUUAGGAGGAACAAAUUUUAGAGUUCUUAUAAUAAAUCUUGGGGAAAAUCAUUUUGAUAUGAAGUCGAAAAUUUACGCCAUACCUACUCAUAUUAUGACUGGAACGGGAUUGGCACUUUUUGACCACAUUGCCGAAUGUUUAGCCAAUUUUAUGAAGGAAAAUGACGUUUACAAAGAACGUCUAGCCCUUGGUUUCACAUUCAGUUUCCCGCUAAAACAACUGGGCUUAACUAAAGGAUUGCUACAACGUUGGACCAAAGGUUUCUCGUGUUCCGGAGUUGUCGGAGAAGACGUUGUACAAGGCCUUAAGGAUGCUAUCGCUAGACGAGGGGACCUAAAGUUGUCUGUGAUGGGCAUACUUAAUGAUGCAACGGGGACUCUUAUGUCAUGUGCAUUUAAGAACCCCCAUUGCCGAAUAGGAAUCAUAAUUGGUACGGGUAGUAACGCGUGUUACGUGGAGAAGACUGAAAAUUGUGAAAUAUUCGAUGGCGAACCAGGAAAAUCUGAGCUUCUAAUUAAUACAGAAUGGGGAGCCUUUGGUGAUGACGGCACAUUGGACUUCGUCAGAACGGAGUUUGACAGAGAAAUCGACACUAAAUCUAUCAACCCUGGAAAACAGAUUCAAGAGAAGAUGAUAUCAGGCAUGUAUAUGGGAGAGUUGGUGCGUCUUGCCCUCGUAAAAUACACACACAUGGGCCUCUUAUUCGGUGGUCGUGGAUCUGAUCUCCUCUUCCAAAGAGGAAGCUUCUACACUAAGUACGUAUCAGAGAUCGAGUCGGACAAACCUGGAGAUUUCACAAGCUGUAUGGAUGUACUUGAAGAACUUGGCUUGUCACACGCAACGGAAGCGGAUAUGGCGGGCGUACGACACGUGUGCGAGUGUGUGUCACGUCGGGCGGCGCAUCUUGUCUCUGCCGGGAUUGCCACUCUACUCAAUAAGAUGAAUGAGCCCCGAGUGACAGUAGGAAUCGAUGGCUCUGUGUACAGAUUCCACCCUCAUUUCCAUGCACUUAUGUGCGAGAAGAUCGCCCAACUCGUUCGACCUGGCAUACAGUUCGACCUAAUGCUGUCGGAAGAUGGCAGUGGUCGCGGGGCAGCUUUAGUAGCUGCAGUUGCUUGCCGGCAACAACUAAGCUACGCGUAA